GCGGGAGGCUCGUUACGGCGGCGGAAGCAGCGGCGCUGGAGUGAGGGGUGGGGGGCAGAGUGCUAGCGCCCCGGCAGCAGCUGCGGGUCCGGAGCCUGGGGACGUCGCCCCACUGACGGAGAGCGCACGGGAACGAGCUCGAGGCGGCGCGGCGGCCACUUAGCGCAGCACCCAGGUGGAAAUGAGUUCUCAACAGUUUCCUCGGUUAGGAGCCCCUUCCACUGGGUUGAGCCAGGCCCCUUCUCAGAUUGCAAACAGUGGUUCUGCAGGAUUAAUAAAUCCAGUUGCCACAGUCAAUGAUGAAUCUGGUCGAGAUUCUGAAGUCAGUGCCAGGGAGCACAUGGGUUCCAGCGGCUCCCUCCAGUCCCGCGAGGAGAAGCAAGAGCCUGUUGUGGUAAGGCCCUAUCCACAGGUACAGAUGUUGUCUACACACCAUGCUGUCGCAUCAGCCACCCCUGUUGCAGUGACAGCCCCACCAGCACACCUGACGCCAGCAGUGCCACUUUCGUUUUCGGAGGGACUUAUGAAGCCACCCCCGAAGCCCACCAUGCCUAGCCGUCCCAUUGCUCCUGCUCCACCUUCUACCUUGUCACUUCCCCCCAAGGUUCCAGGGCAGGUUACUGUUACCAUGGAGAGUAGCAUCCCUCAAGCUUCAGCCAUUCCUGUGGCAACAAUCAGUGGACAACAGGGGCAUCCCAGUAACCUGCAUCACAUCAUGACUACAAACGUGCAGAUGUCUAUCAUCCGCAGCAAUGCUCCUGGGCCCCCUCUUCACAUUGGAGCUUCUCAUUUACCUCGAGGUGCAGCAGCUGCUGCUGUGAUGUCCAGUUCUAAAGUGACCACCGUCCUGAGGCCGACUUCGCAGCUGCCAAAUGCCGCUACAGCUCAGCCAGCAGUACAGCACAUCAUUCACCAACCGAUUCAGUCUCGUCCACCUGUGACCACCUCCAAUGCCAUCCCUCCUGCUGUGGUAGCAACUGUCUCUGCCACCAGAGCUCAGUCUCCAGUCAUCACCACGACAGCAGCACAUGCUACUGAUUCAGCACUUAGUAGGCCAACUUUGUCCAUCCAGCAUCCACCAUCUGCCGCAAUUAGCAUUCAGCGUCCUGCCCAGUCACGAGAUGUAACAACAAGAAUCACACUACCAUCUCACCCUGCAUUAGGGACACCAAAACAGCAGCUUCAUACAAUGGCUCAGAAAACUAUCUUCAGUACUGGUACACCAGUGGCUGCAGCAACAGUAGCACCUAUUUUGGCAACCAACACCAUUCCUUCAGCAACCACAGCUGGAUCUGUGUCACACACGCAAGCUCCCACAAGUACAAUUGUUACCAUGACAGUGCCCUCCCAUUCAUCCCAUGCUACUGCUGUGACCACCUCAAACAUCCCAGUCGCUAAGGUGGUGCCUCAGCAAAUCACACACACUUCUCCUCGGAUCCAGCCUGAUUAUCCUGCAGAGCGGAGCAGCCUGAUUCCCAUUCCAGGACAUCGGGCCUCUCCAAAUCCUGUGGCCAUGGAAACCCGAAGUGACAAUAGACCAUCUGUUCCUGUUCAAUUCCAAUACUUUUUGCCAACUUACCCCCCUUCUGCAUACCCACUGGCGGCACAUACCUACACCCCAAUCACCAGUUCUGUGUCCACUAUUCGACAAUAUCCAGUUUCAGCUCAAGCUCCAAACUCUGCCAUCACAGCCCAGACUGGUGUUGGGGUAGCAUCUACGGUCCACUUAAACCCCAUGCAGCUGAUGACAGUAGAUGCAUCACAUGCUCGACAUAUCCAAGGGAUUCAGCCAGCACCCAUCAGUACACAGGGCAUCCAGCCGGCCCCCAUUGGGACACCAGGGAUACAACCUGCACCAAUUGGCACACAGGGGAUUCAUUCGGCAACCCCAAUCAACACACAGGGGCUUCAGCCUGCACCAAUGGGUACUCAGCAGCCACAGCCUGAAGGAAAGACUUCAGCAGUGGUGUUGGCAGAUGGAGCCACAAUUGUAGCCAAUCCUAUUAGCAGUCCAUUCAGUGCUGCUCCAGCAGCAACAACCGUGGUGCAGACCCACAGCCAGAGUGCUAGCACCAAUGCUCCUGCUCAGGGUUCAUCACCCCGGCCAAGCAUACUGCGGAAGAAACCUGCCACAGAUGGAAUGGCAGUUCGGAAAACCCUCAUUCCUCCUCAGCCUCCUGAUGUGGCUAGUCCUCGAGUGGAGAGCUCUAUGCGGAGUGGGUCUGGGUCACCUAGGCCUGCAGGGUAAGCACCUAAGUGUUCUUAUUA